ACACCUCGUGGAGCUGGCCGAUCCCCCAUAGUGGGUGUGAGCCCCUCUCCAAGGAAAACAAAGCAAAGCAAAGGAGCUGAGCCGUUUUUCUAGUGGGACAUCAACUAGCGGCACAAGGUCGAGAUGAUCGGCGCUUCGAAGAACCACCCAAAGUCUGCCCUGCGCACGCCUUCUCCGCAAGCUCGGGCCCGUCGGGUCUCCUUCGCCGUGCCUAAAGUCGAAGAGAGCGCCUCUUACGUGACCGGGCCCUUCGUGGCACCCGUUCUCCAGCCAGCCACGGAAGGCCCGCUGGCUGCGCCCUACCCUUACGGAGGCGGUGCCGCACACUGGACACGGAACAGCCCGUUCUACGGGUCCGUCGGUGAACUGAUGCCUUCGUCUACGCAUGCCUUGUUUGAAAGUAAACUGCCAGUAAUGACUGACCCGUUCGCGGAAAGAAACUCGAUGGUCCAAGGUUACUAUUGGGCCAGGCCUGCGCUUGGCAGCAGGUGGUCCCAAACGUUCCAACCCUUUCCUCAACUGGAAGCCUUUCCGGAGGUGCCAUCAGACAACGACGAUGCAACGUCGCCGCAUCUGACCAUGCGCAAAGUCGGCGUUGCAGCUCUCGCAGCUGCCCUCCUGGCCGUCGUCGUCCUAGUGGCGUUGGCAAGUAAGUUUUCGACUGCGGUCGCUGAGAUGGAAGCCUCGGAAAUGCCCCACGUGAUGAGGCCGUUCCAGUCGGGAGACAUAAGGAUCGCCGCGCCACUGCCGCCCAUCAAUGCUCCGGUGCGAGCAAUGCCGAGCGUGACCGUUCGUCCCCGCGCAAGGCCUACCAGACCACACAGGGUCACCGCUCCCCGGCGACUUCUGCCAACCGCUACGCAGCGAGGUUUGGCCGACAGCACUGCGGCAGGGCCGGUGACACGCACGGCGACGAGCGCGGGACGGCAUACUGUGAACCGAGCGCUUUCGCACGAGUGCGGCGGCCACUUCUACACCUACUGCACCGCUGCUGCCGUCGCGAGCGGGGUCUACUACAGCGCCUCGUCGCACGCCUGCCUCUCCGCGGCGGAGGACAGCGUGCACCUGUGCAACCGCGGCGCCAACCGCUUCCCGAACCUCGGGAGCUGCCUGGCCAGCUGCGUGCACGCGGACGGCGGAGAACCGCACGACCGCUGCUACGAGAGCACCCUCUUCACCACUUGCACGAGGCAAGACGUGGCGGAAGCGUGGUGGUACUACAACGGCUCUGCGUGCACCGAGUGGACCUUCCCGCUCGGCAAGUGCCCGUCCCUAGGCCGGAGAGUGUACCGCUCCCGCGCGGAGUGCGACAGGACGUGCCCACUGCGUCGGCAACGCGGUAACACCACCGUCAGUAGGCGUCGCCGGUGUGGCUCACCUGUCGCUACCAUGUGCACUCCGCAGCAGGUCAAGUACCCGUACUUCGCCGAUAUGCAAGCGCAGGGCAGCGCCAGAUGUGUCAAGGCAACGAGCCAUACGCUUCGGCACCGACGCUGCCUCAUCGGGUCAAACCGAUUCGACUCGGUCGCCACUUGCGAACAGAGCUGCGUCCACUUGUGACGGAGGUCAGCUUGAAGCGGCCUGAUGCAGCUCAGGCGAUCCGUUACAGUAUUGCAUCCUGGAAUAAACUUCGCCUCGCGACAA